UUCUGCUUUUUGCCUCUACAGCCAACAAGCGCCGGAGCUUGUAUGGAAGUCCGUACAACCAGCAGAGUUAUGGAAGUCCUUAUAGCACAAAUGCAGCCAACAGCCCUUACAGCAGUGGCUUCAACUCCCCCUCCUCAACCCCAAGCAGAGUGCCCAUCGUGCGACAGCAACUAAUGCCCAGUAACGCAAUUCAUCAGAGAAACUCUGCAGCAGAGAGGAAUCCUCCUGCAGUUAGUCCGCAGUCAUCGGUGGACAGCGAGCUGAGCACGUCAGAAAUGGAUGAGGACUCAGUGGGAUCCUCAACGACCUAUAAACUCAAUGAUGUCACUGAUGUCCAGAUAUUGGCACGCAUGCAGGAAGAGAGCUUGAGACAGGAAUAUGCUGCAACAGCAUCCAGACGGAGCUCGGGUUCAUCCUGCCACUCCCUGCGGCGCAGCACCUUCAGUGACCAGGAGCUAGAUGCUCAUAGUCUGGAGGACGACGAGGAGGCGGUGCACCCGGCCUUUCACCUGCCCUCCAACCGUUUCAGCCCCUCCCCUCGCCACUCUCCCCGUGUCCCGAGAAACUCUCCCCGCUCGCGCUCACCUGCUCGUUCCAUCGACUAUAGCCACAGCCGGGGUUCUCCUCAGCCCAUCAUCAGCCGCCUGCAGCAGCCUCGUCACUCGCUGCAGAGCCACGGGCAUGACCUUCAGACUAAUGUGGUGAAAAAUGAAGAAAAACUGCGCCGAAGUCUUCCUAAUCUUACACGCACCUCGGUGGCCGCGGCAGUUCAGGCUCCAGAGCCCGUGAAGAACAGUCGCAGCUGUGAGUCCAACCUGCAAGUGCCAAACGGCGGCUCCCCCCGACACCAGAGCCAAUCUGCCAUCCCACUCUCCUGUUGCUUUGGAGAAGAAGGUGAUUUCAUUCCAUCUCCCAGUAAACUACGGACUCCUGCCACCCAUCACCACUAG